AUGACGACCCUCCAUCCUCUCGUCCCGCAACCGGACGACAUGGCAAUCGAACAUGCCCAGGUCCUCAUCGUCGGAGCCGGACCUGUCGGCUUAUUCCUGGCGUUGAAGCUGGCGCAGGCCGGCAUCGACGUGCUCGUGGUCGAGGCGGAGAAGGAGGUUUUGCAGAGUCCAAGGGCGACUACUUACAUGCCGAUCGUCCUGCAAGAACUCGAAAAAGUCGGGCUCUACCACGACGUCGAGCAGGCCGGACACAAGAACCACCAGGGCAUCGUGUUCCGCAAGCCGCACGCCCAGGGCGGCCAGGUGUUGGGCCGGCUGGAGAUGUCGCAGGUCCCGAAGGAAGCGGUCAAGUAUGACUUUGCCGGCAUCCAUCUGGGUCAGCACGUUCUGGCCGGCAUCAUUCUGGCUCAUUGUCAGAGAUGGAAGAAUAUUCGCAUCCGGUGGAAUUGUCGGUUUGUGGGUGCUCGACAGGGUCCUCCCUCAGCCUCGGCCUCACACCCAGAAGAUAAAGGUGUUCCUGAUCCUGAUGGUGCCUCAGCCUCGGCCUCAGCAUCACACCCAGAAGGUGAAGGUGAUCCUGCUCCUGUUACUGUUCCUGAUGGUGAGGAUGUUUCCGCCUCACACCCAGAAAGUGAAAGUGGUGCCGGUGUCUCCGUCAUCUGUGUCGGUGCGCAAGGAGAACGCCAUUUCCGAUGCGACUACCUCGUCGGCGCCGACGGGGCCGCCAGCGCAGUACGGCGCUCGCUCUGCAUCCCCUUCGACGGCUUCACCUGGCCGGACUUCCGCUUCGUCGCGUGCAACGUGCACUACGACUUCGAGGCCCUGGGCGACUUCGCCACCGCCAACAUGGUCGUCGACGGCGAGGACUGGGCCGUCAUUGCCCGUACCGGGCCGGCCGGGGCCCCCUGGCGCGUGGCCUUUGGUGUACGAACCGACGUGUCUGAAGCUGACAUCCUCACGCGAGAGCUGCCUGCCAAGUUCGAGAGGCUGUUCCCGGGUCCGCGGCCGCUCCGGUAUGAUUUGGUCAGCGCGAAUCCUUACUGGGCUCACCAGCGAGUGGCGCGUACGUUCAAGGUUGGGAGGGUGCUGCUGUGUGGUGAUGCGGGACAUUCCAACAACCCCAUCGGCGGCCUCGGUCUCACCACGGGUCUUCUCGACUCAGCCGCCCUGGGAAACUGCCUCAUCCGCAUCUACAAAAACAAACACCACCAGCACCACAACGACGACCACAGCCACAAGCCCAGCCAGCGAGAGUCGGCUGACGACAACCACAGCCCCAGUCGCAGCCCUAGUCACAGCCAGCAAGAGUCGGCUGACGACAACCACAACCCCAACCAGCAAGAGUCGCCCGACGCCCUACUCGACCGUUACGCCCGAGUCCGCCGCGACGCCUGGAUCAACUUCACCAACCCGCAGUCCAUCGACUUCAAGCUCCGGUUGCAUUCGUCGGAUCCGGACGUCGAGCGGGCCCGAGCGGUGUUCUUCCACGCUCUCAAUACCGAUCCGGAAAUCCAUUUGAAGAUGGCGAGUAUGAUGAACGAGGUGGUUGAUGACGAGUUUGAAUUAGUGUCAGAGAGGCAGACGCAGACAAUGUCACAGGCAUGGACACAGACAGAGGCACAGACAGAGGCACCGUCACAGCCAGAGGGAGAGUCAAAUAAAGGUUGA